AUGGCUCAAGUUGCUGGGGAGGUGAAACACGGCAAGAAGCGAGUGUAUCUCCAGGUCAACUCGCAGGCCACCAACCAAAAGCUCAAAGACUGGAGGAAGAAGAACGGGGCUGACGCGAACUUGGCGUAUGAGGACUUGGACAUGAAUGUGCCAGACGAUGAGAAGAAGGUUGCUUUCGACACUUUUUGGGCCAGGGUCGAAAAUAAAGCAAAGGAUAAUCUGGGUUGA